AUGCACUUCCAACCAUCUUCCGUGCCCAACGGGCCACGAUCUUACCAGAACAAUGGAGGUGCUCGGAACAACCGAGGCAACUACAACCACAAUGGCAAUGCCAACUCCAACAACCAAUGGAGCCCUCGCAAUGCCAAUCCUCGCAAUGCCAAUGCCAAUGGCAAUGGCCCAUCUCCUGUGCCCAAUGGGCCACGAGCUUACCAGAACAACGGAGGUUCUUGGAACAACCGAGGCAAUAACAAUUACAACGGCAACGCCAACAACCAAUGGAGCCCUCGCAAUGGCAAUCCCAAUGGCACCCACGAUUACAACAACCAGCGAGACACCUCUCGCGACGGGUUCGGCAACGAGAACAACCAGCGGAGCUCCAACUACAAGGGAAAGAACUUCAACCCCAACUACAAGGGGAAGAAUUACAACCCGAGCUUCUCUCGUCCUGCCCAGGCAAAUGUUGGCCAGGCUCGAAAUGGCAAUCGGAGACGUCUAGCCUACCGCAACCAGAACGAAAAUUACAACCUCGACAUUCACCCAUCAAACAUUGAUGUUCAGAUGGACGAUGCACCAUCCGAUGAACCAAAUGACAUCGAGAUGCCCGACGCUCCAGCUCUUCCCGAUCCAGUGCUCCCUGAUCCAAGAAUCAAAGCCCUCGCUCUGGGUGCUGUUGCAAUCAAGGAAAUGGCCGAGAGCAUGCUCAGACUAGCUAGCGAAUUGGAUCCUAGCUUCGUCCCCAACUGA